GUUAAACUAACUCUUCGCCCAAAAAACUUCUCACGAGAAAGCGGUCAUUCGUCUACGCAGAGACUGCUUCGUGUCUAGAACUCGAAAAUUUUCGCCGGAGAAGAAAUAAGGCACUGUGUUUCUGGAAGCCGAAGUAUCGAUCGGGUUGUUCGGGUCUGUCCUGUUGAAGACGAGAGAUGUCAGAUAUUAGGAAGUGGUUCAUGAAAGCCCAUGAGAAGGGGAAUGGAACUGCACCUAAAUCUACCUCCACGACCAAGACGGGCUCUAUGCCUAAAGCUCCUCCAGAACCUGUACCUAGCAAAUCAGAGAAUGCUUGUGGAGACCAGGAAAGCUCUGGUAGAAGGAAAACAAGUACGUAUUUUGCUAAAGAAAAAGCGAAACCAAAAGAUGAGAAAGAGGAGGAAAUUCCUACCAAGAAGAAACAUCAAAGCGAUUCUGCUGAUUUAGCCAAGUCCCAACGUCCAAGAAAGAUUACCAAGAUUGAGGACGAUGAUGAAGAUUUCGAGAAACCUGGUCCAAAGAAGGCUCCUGAUGGCACCCCAAGCAAAAAACUGAAGACUGGAUCAGGUAGGGGAGUUGCAAAGAAAAUGGUCGAUAUUGAUGAGGAUGAUGAAGGUGAGGAUGCCGAAGAAAAGGAGUCGCCUCUGAAAUCUAGUGGAAGAGGUCGUGGCGGUAGAGCUGCAUCAAGGGCCUCAGCUGGUGGAAGAGGCAGAGGUGGAGGACGGGGUGGGUUCAUGAAUUUUGGAGAAAGGAAAGAGCCACCACAUAAAGGCGAAAAGGAAGUUCCAGAGGGUGCCCCUGAUUGCUUAGCUGGAUUAACAUUUGUAAUUAGUGGAACACUUGAUAGCUUGGAAAGAGAAGAAGCAGAAGAUCUGGUAAAGCGAUAUGGGGGCCGCAUUACAGGAUCUGUGAGCAAGAAAACGAAUUACCUUUUGUGCGAUGAAGAUAUUGGCGGUAGGAAGUCCUCGAAAGCCAAAGAGCUUGGCACAAAAUUUCUUACCGAGGAUGGUCUUUUUGACAUGAUCCGUUCAUCUAAGCCCACAAAGGCAUCUCCCUCUCAGAGUUCAAAAAAAUCUGUGGAGAAAGUUGCUGCUCCACCAAAGAGAAUUCCUGAGAAAGAAGAGACAAAGAGCAAAUCGCUUGUGAAAAUUUCAUCAGACAAGGGUUCGUCACAUUCUUCCCCCAUGAAGCACAAAAAGCAAAAUCUUCAAUCUUCCUUGCCAUGGACGGAAAAAUACAGACCGAAGGUUCCAAAUGAGAUUGUUGGGAAUCAGUCAUUGAUUACCCAACUUCACAACUGGCUGGUUCAUUGGCAUGAACAAUUUCUGGGUAGUGGAAAUAAAGGUAAGGGGAAGAAGCCAAAUGAUGCUGGAGCCAAGAAGGCUGUACUUUUGAGUGGAACACCUGGUAUCGGGAAAACAACAUCAGCAAAGUUGGUCAGUCAAAUGCUUGGUUUCCAGGCGGUUGAGGUCAAUGCUAGUGAUAGUCGUGGAAAGGCUGACUCAAAGAUUGCUAAAGGAAUUGGUGGUAGCAAUGCAAAUUCAAUAAAAGAACUUGUCAGCAACGAAGCUUUGGGUGCUAACUUGGAUAUGUCAAAACCUCCAAAAACUGUGUUAAUUAUGGAUGAAGUAGAUGGGAUGUCUGCAGGAGACAGGGGAGGAGUUGCUGACCUUAUUGCCAGCAUUAAAAUUUCCAAGAUUCCUAUCAUCUGCAUCUGUAAUGAUCGAUACAGUCAGAAGCUAAAGAGUCUAGUGAACUACUGUCUGCCCCUCAAUUUCCGGAAGCCUACUAAACAGCAAAUGGCGAAAAGACUGAUGCAAAUUGCAAACGCGGAGGGACUGCGAAUUAAUGAGAUUGCUCUGGAGGAACUUGCUGAAAGAGUGAACGGAGACAUACGUAUGGCCCUAAAUCAGCUUCAAUAUAUGAGCCUGUCCAUGUCAGUUAUCCAGUAUGAUGAUAUCAGACAGCGCCUUCUAAGCAGCUCAAAGGACGAAGACAUUUCACCUUUCACAGCUGUGGACAAGUUGUUUGGUUACAAUGGCGGGAAGCUGAGAAUGGAUGAGCGGAUUGAUCUCAGCAUGAGUGAUCCUGAUUUGGUUCCCCUCCUGAUACAGGAAAAUUAUAUCAAUUACAAGCCAAGUUCUGUUGGAAAAGAUGAAAAUGGGACUAAACGCAUGGAUUCACUUGCUCGUGCUGCUGAAUCUAUAGCAGAUGGAGAUAUCAUCAAUGUGCAGAUCCGGAGAUAUCGUCAGUGGCAACUCUCACAAUCUAGUUGUGUUGCUUCCUCUAUUAUCCCUGCGUCAUUGUUGCAUGGACAAAGGGAGAUACUUGAGCAGGGAGAGCGAAAUUUCAAUAGAUUUGGCGGGUGGCUUGGUAAGAAUUCUACAAUGGGAAAAAAUACGAGACUUCUGGAGGACCUGCAUGUCCAUGUCCUUGCUUCCCGUGAAUCUAGCUCUGGCAGGGAAACACUUCGUGUUGAAUAUCUUCCUCUUCUCCUAAAGCGGUUGACGAGUCCGCUUAAGACACUCCCUAAGGACGAAGCAGUUACAGAAGUUGUUGAGUUCAUGAAUGCUUACUCCAUAAGCCAGGAGGACUUUGAUACCAUUAUGGAGUUGGCAAAAUUUCAGAAACAUGCAAAUCCAUUGGAAGGCGUUCCACCUGCAGUUAAAGCAGCUCUGACUAAAAAAUAUAACGAGGAAAGCAAAACGAGAAUGGUACGGGCUGCUGAUUUGGUGCAGCUUCCAGGAGUAAAGAAGGCACCGAAGAAACGGGUGGCUGCUAUGCUCGAACCACCUGUUGAGGGGUUAGGAGGUGAGGAUGGUGGGCCAUUGGCAGAAAAUGAAGAAGAUAAUGCUUCGGAUGCAGAUGACUCAGAAGAAGCAAUCAGUGGAGAAAAGUUGCAGUCAGAUCUCCAGAAUCUGAAUGCUAAAGGGAUUAAGGUGGAAGUUGAGUUGAAAGGGGCUGGUAGCUCGGGUUCCAAAAAAGCUGGUGGCAGAGGCAGAGGGAGAGGCGGAGGCAGGGCAGCUGCCGCUUCAGCCGAGAAGAAACCCGCAUCCGCAGGGAGAGGCUCGGGUGCAGGUGGCAAGCGAAAGAGGUGAGAUCUUGCCCGCCACACCCACGUGGAAUCGUUUUUCUGACAAGAUUCAAGACGUAGUAGUUCGUAGAUAUGUUCCCUUUUCGGGUUUGGUUCUUGUUGGAGCGGAACAAGGUUUGUCGGAAGUUGAUGACACCCCAAUUUUGAGAUGGAUUUUGUCUAAUUGGCUUUUUUGUAUCUGUUAGUCUCUCUCUCUUCACGGAGUUUCUAAUGGUAAGUUUCGGCUUUUGGAAUA